AUGAAGUUUCUAUUUGCUUUUAAUUUUUUUUCCUUAUAUAUGUACCUUUAUGAGUUUUUGUGUAUACACUUGUGCGGGUCCGAAGUGACCCCUGGUGACACUGUGUUGAAUAGUAACUCGGCUUUAAUUAGUAGAAGGAUAAAUAGAAGGAAAAUGAAGAAUUGUAAUAAUAAUGAUUUAUUAAAAGUAUUAAAAAUGGAAACUACUUAUAAUGAAUUACCAGCACAUAAUUUAUUGAUGAGUUCAAAAAAUGACAUAAAUAAACUUUUUGAUUAUAUUAAUAAAAAUGAAGAAUUAUCAAAACUUAUGAAUUCUUGUGGAACUUAUGUGUAUUUAAAAUAUCUCGGUGUUGUUAUUUUUUCAAUAAAAGAAAAUGUGCAAAUUUCUCAUUUAAGUGAAUUUAUACAAUAUCUUUUAAAUAAGAAUGUGUGUAUAGAAUUUAAUCAAAACGUCAUGUUGUAG